UUUUGGAGUUUCAUAGAGGAAUCAAAAUGAGUCUUCCUUCAAAGAAAACCAAGGAUGAUGCUAACAGAGAAGUGUCAGAUGUCGCUAAAGAUGCCAAGAGUUUCAUUGAAAAAAUUUUGGGUGAUGUUAGUAAAACAUCUGCUACUAAACAGAUAAUCAUUGGAACUACGUCAGGAUGGGCCACUGGCUUUAUGACCAUGAAAGUUGGAAAAGUUGCAGCCUUUGCUGUUGGUGGUGGCAUCAUCAUGCUUCAAAUUGCCGCAAAUCAGGGAUACAUCAAAAUUAACUGGGACAAGAUUCAAAAGAAGGCUGACAAAAUCACAGACAAAGUCGAAGAAAAACUAACUGGUGAAGGUCCAAAACUAAUGGAUAAGAUGGAGAGGUACGUGGACAAGAAGCUGAACAAGGCCGAGCAGCUGUUGAAGAACGGUGAAUCACGUGGACGUCGUUGGUAUCAAAACAUCUGUUCAACUGGCGAUGGUGAACCAUUCCGUGCUAAGGAAAUACACUUCUUCUUGGUAUCUUUCGCCGCGGGUGUGGCGAUAGGCUUGGCAUCGGCCAACUAGGUAAACGAGUGCUGCGCUUUGAUCGUAGACUUGCGCAGCAAAUGGAAACCCAAUCAACCUGAAAUUAUCGCCCCAUCAAUCGUUGAACCCGUCAAUCCUAUCGACUCACUUACAAGGUUCGUCGAGGAUUUUAAAAAGAAUUUUUACGAGUUUCGCGCUUAUUGUCGAGCUCGCGUGCCUGAGAGAUUAUUCUAAAAUAGGGCAUCAUUUCUUUUGGGUUCUAACUGCCCGUUUUGGUUGGAUAAGCGUUUAUCUAUUGAUACAACGAUUGUGAAUUUGCAAUUUUCUUAUUUCAUUUCUCAUUGAUCGCGCGAAUUGUUAUAAAAAAUAUGGUAUUACCUUAAAGUGUGAUCUAACGUUGUACUGGAAUCUAUUCAAUUAUAUAAUAGGUAAAAAUACAGCUUUAUCAAUGCUAAUCCAAUCAAACGAAUGAAAAACUGACCAUCUAAAAAAAUGCAUAUAUGCGUUUAAAAUGCAGCACGAUUAAGAAAAAAUACUUUAGAAUGAAAGAAAAAAAAGAAUAGUAUAAUAGUAUACUUUAGUACAUAUUCAUAAACUGUCAUUCAAACAAUCUACUAGUGUUUUAAGCCAAUCAAUUAAUCUUAUACAAUGAUCUUUUUUUUUAUUGUACGUAUUUAUUUCUCAGUAAUUAGUUUUGAAUUUUUGAACGAAUUUACCGAAUUUUUAUUUACAAUAAUCGUGUGAGAUUGAUUUUUUGGUUGUUGCAUUUGAAAUGUUUUCUUGAUAUGUACAUAAAAUAUUGGCACUCCCUUCGCUUUUUAGUCCUAACACUCAGUUGUUUGUGUUCAUAUUAGUGUAAAUUAUUAUAUUUUUUCGCUUUGAGAGUGCAUACUUACACAAAUACACGCAUAUAGCCGAUAAUGUAAGAGAAAAAUAUGAGUUUCGGGCUAUCUCGGAAUGAUACUUGUUGAAUAGUAUUAUAAAAAAGAAACUUAUGUAAUGUAGCACUUAAAUGUAAAGCAAAAAAGCAAGGAAUCUGUAUAUUGAAAUAUCUAAAAACAUAUGCAUAAAACCUUGCGUGUUAGCAAGGCGUCGAGCGACGUUUAGUUCUGUGAAUCACAAUAAACG